UUGAUGUCCAGAUCAGUGUUCGCCGGCCCGACUAGCUGUACUGACGUGUCGCGACCUCAAUUAAAUAUACGAACUAAAUUACGAGUCUUUUCAAAAAGUAUUGAGGAAGAAUAUUAUAAAUUUCAUUUUUAUUAAAUAGUACUUCAAACUCUGCAUGAUAAACAUCAUAAGAAAAUUUUGCACAAUGAAACCACCGACAAAUGCGGCGCUCCUACACGAUGUGGACAUCCCGACUAAAAAGGCGACCUUCGGCAUGGGCUGCUUCUGGUCGAAUGACUCCUUGUUCGGAGCCACGCCUGGCGUGGUGCGGACCCGCGUCGGUUACUCUGGAGGCACCACAAAAAAUCCACAUUAUAGGAGCAUUGGUGACCACACUGAAGUGAUCGAGUUGGAUUUCGACCCGAAGACUGUGUCGUAUGAGGAUCUUUUGGACAUGUUCUGGGCAAACCACGAGUACGGACUCACUACUAAGCUAAAGAGACAGUACCAAUCUAUGAUCCUCUAUCACGAUGAGGAACAAAGGGGGGCGGCGGAGAGCUCGUACAAACAGAUGCAGAUCACUUGCAACGGACAGCUACGGACAGAAAUCGCACCCGCUGGCAUCUUCUACCCCGCAGAAGAUUACCAUCAGAAAUACAGAUUGCAAGGUCACAAGGACCUCUGCCGUAGUAUUGGUUUAGACUCAACCAAGUUGCAGACCUCUCACCUCGCAGCCAGACUUAACGGUUACCUGGUGGGCGUGGGAGGGAAGACGCAGUUCGAAAAGGAGGAGUGA